AUGGCCCAGCAGAAGCAGAAGCCCACCCUCGAUCAGCACGUCGUCUGUCAAUCCGCCCGCGACGAUCUUCACCUGCCCCGAGCCCCAGUUGACGGCGGCGUCGCCUCACUCUUCAACCUCGUCUUCACCUGGAAUUCCAAGGGCGGCGCACUCCGCGAUGCGUUCUGGCGCGCGCGCCUACCGAACGUCAUGAAACUCAUCGCGAGACACUUGCAGUCGAGUACGCCGCGCGUGACAGUCGCAGAUAAUUCCGCUCUCGUACGUCCACCGCGGUCUCCCAGCUUGUAUCUGACCGCCACAGCGUCCCGGCGACUCCUUUCAGAAGUUUCAUUCCCGGACCCACUUGCUCUUCCCAGCUUUAGUCUUUCUCCCGCGCAACCAUCCUUGCUUCAAUUCACCAUGUCCACUCGACUCACCGCCUCGCCUGUCGUCGUCUGGUACUCCCCGAAAGCCACCCGCUUCGCUCACGACUCGGGUGGACAUCGUCCAUCGCGCAAAUUGCGUCCCUGCCUGGUCACCAAGGUCUGUGGCGACUGGAUCCGCGUAGCACCGCUACUGUCCGCGCGUCCGGACAGCCAGGUAUACCGUAUAUCGACUGAUCCUUCGUUCCUACCCUCUAACGGCUGCACCGCGAAGAUGACAGCGUCGUCCUGGAGCAUCGUGAACUUCGGUGAACAUGGCCCCGCUCCACCCGUCCACCCUCUGCCCGGUGCGACUGUCUUCGACCUGCCUCUGCUUAAGAGACCGGAUAGCUGGCGGCCGACGCCGUGUUUUGUUUGGACGCGCGAUGGAGGGAUGUGGAUCGACAUCGCCGAACUGGGAAUCGGCAAGGCUCGCGUACUGGACGGCGACUUCGACUUCGACGGGGACAAGGUCACGGAGCUGCGGGAGAAGCACAAAAGCAUAGUGGUGUGGCAUUAG